GCCGUGACGUCACCGAAAUGGACGUGACUGAGCAGAAGUACUUCAGUACCAUUGACUUUGUGCUGUUUGUUCUCCUACUUGUGGCUUCCAUGGCCAUAGGACUAUACUAUGCCCUCUCUGGAAGACAGCAGAGAACCACAAGAGAAUUCCUGCUGGCUGACCAGAGCAUGAAGUGCCUGCCUCUUUCCCUGUCCCUCAUGGCCACCUUCCAGUCAGCGGUUGCUAUAGUUGGCACACCAGCAGAAGUUUUCACCAAUGGUACACAGUACUGGUUUAUAGGUUGCUCCUACAUUCUGGGACUCCUUAUCCCAGCACACAUUUUCAUUCCAGUAUUCUACAGACUGCAUCUCACUAGUGCUUACCAGUAUCUGGAACUGCGUUUCUGUAAAGCAGUGCGAAUCUGUGGAACAAUUACCUUUAUUUUUCAGAUGAUCAUUUACAUGGGUGUUGGCAUUUAUACCCCUGCCCUUGCACUUAAUGCAGUUACUGGCUUUCACUUAUGGGGUGCAGUAUUGGCAACUGGACUAGUAUGCACAAUAUACACAGCUUUGGGAGGACUGAAGGCAGUGAUCUGGACAGAUGUGUUUCAGACAGUGGUGAUGUUCGCUGGUCAGCUGGCUGUCAUCAUAGUGGGUGUGCAGCAGGCUGGCGGCCUCUCGCACAUCUGGAGGAAAGUCAUAGAGGGCAAUCGCAUCUCAGGCAUCGACCUAAAUCCAGACCCCACUGUGAGGCACACAUUCUGGACGUUAGCGCUUGGUGGAGUAUUUCUGAUGCUGUCUCUGUAUGGGGUGAACCAGACACAGGUGCAGAGGUACCUCAGUUCUCGCACAGAGAAAGAGGCCGUGAUGUCAUGCUACAUGGUGUUUCCCUGUCUUCAGAUUGCAUUGGGUCUCAGCUGUGUAAUGGGGCUUGUUAUGUUUGCAUGUUACAGUGACAACAGCCCUUUAGACAACCAGUACAUCACUUCCAAAGACCAGAUGGUCCUAUAUUUCAUUAUGGACAUGCUGCAGGACUUCUCUGGACUACCUGGUUUGUUUGUUGCAUGCUUGUUCAGUGCCUCUCUAAGCACAAUAUCAUCAGCCUUCAGUUCCUUGGCUACAGUAACAAUGGAGGAUCUGAUCAAACCACAUUAUCCCUCUAUGGUGGAGACUAGAGCCACUCUACUGUCCAAGAUACUUACCUUUGCAUAUGGCCUUGUCUGUCUUGUUAUGGCCUAUGUUAUCCAUUUGAUGAACGGUUCAGUUUUGCAGGCAGCACUGAGUAUCUUUGGGAUGGUAGGAGGUCCCUUACUGGGUGUCUUCUGUCUAGGGAUAUUUUUCCCUUUGGCCAAUAGCACUGGUGCUGUGACGGGGCUGGUUGCUGGUCUGGUCCUGGCCUUUUGGGUUGGUAUUGGUGGAUUUGUAACACAGAUACCAAGCAUCACCACUGUAAGGCCAAAUAACUGCACUGAUAUGGCAGCAACAGAGAAUGCCAUCAUGGCCACAGUGACUACUGCCUUGGCUCCCAUCACUGAUGAACCAAGUAAACCUGUGGGCUUAUAUGCUCUCUAUUCACUUUCAUACAUGUGGUACAGUGCACUCAAUUCCUCCGUUGUGAUUCUUAUUGGACUUAUUGUUAGUCUCAUCACAGGUCCAAUGAAACAAGGAGAGUUGGUAGCAGGUACAGUCUAUCCUCUAAUGGAUAAGGCACAGGAUUUAAUGCAAAAGCUUUUGAGGCCCAAAUCUUGUGUUGGCUCCCGAGAGCAGAGGCAAAUUGGUACAUGCCAGGAACAAACAAAUGGUCCUGUCCGAACAGAGAGAAACACUGCAAAGGAGGAAGAGAGAAAGACCUUUCAACCAUUAUCUCAGGUUGCUUAUUUGGAGCAGGAAACAUCAGUGUGACAUAUAAUCAAAAAUCAUAUCAUUUGUUAGUAGGGGUGUAGUGGUAUUGGAUUUAUGAUGGUAUAAUUGUGUGUGGACAAUUCUGCAGAAUUAUGGUACUGUAUUAAAACUGCUUUAUGAACAGAAAUUAUUUUCUCAUUUAAUUUGCAAGUUAUAAGGAGAGAUCCCAGGCUGUCCAAGAUAGUGCUUGUUUGGAGAAAAUGUAAAACUAAUUAAAAUCACCCAAAACUGAACACCUUGCUUCUUAGUUGUCUUCAAAAGCAUAAGCCUCUCAACAUGAAAAAGUAGAAAGGAAAACCAUAUUACAGUGGGCCAAUAAACUAUGGCGGUGAGUCAGAAGCCCUUAAAAGCAGUUUUAUGGACAAAAGAUGAUGCGGUGAA